AUGCAGUCAUGGCGCUGUGCAUUUGGGAAACAUUCCUGUAAUGAACGACAAAGCGAAGAAAACACUGUUUCUUUCCAUUCAGCUUAUUCCAAUCUAUCCUGUUAUCAGUGCAUGGAGAGCUUCCAUAAGAAGGUUUGGUAUCCAUACACCGACUGUCAGAGGUUUCCAACCCGACUACACCUCAGGAGGUGCGGAUUUUCUGAUCGCUACUGUAAGGUUGAGCGGGUGGAGUGGAAUGGCUAUGUGGUGACUAUGGAGCGAGGUUGUACGGACCUGUGUUACUGGGGUUGCCGCUAUGAAGGCUUCGGUAUAACAAGAUUACGAUGCACCUCUUGUUGUAACCAAGCUAAUGGCUGUAACACGGACAACGGAGUGCUGGGGUCUACCCCACAGGAUAGGGGCAGGUUCAUCCCAUGUGUGGCUGCUCUGAUGGCAGUAUUGUUGUGGUAGUGGACAGCUGAAUGGAGAAGUCAGUGUUCUGACAAUAUGGCUACGGUUGUAGACAGCAGGAACAGACAGUUGGGAUUACUGUUCUGACAAUAUGGCUACGGUGGUAGACGGCAGACACAGACAGUUGGGAUCACUGUUCUGGCAAUAUUGCUACGGUGGUAGACAGCAGACAGAGACAGCUGGAGUCACUGCUCUGACAAUAUUGAUGGGGUGAUAGACAACAGACGCAUACAACUGGGGUCACUGUUCUGGCCAUUUUGAUGGGGGUGGUAGACAACAGACACAUACAACUGGGGUCACUGUUCUGAUGAUAUUGCUACGGUAGUAAACAACAAACAGCUGGAGUCAAUGUUCUGACAAUAUUGAUGGAGUGAUAGACAACAGACACAUACCACUGGGGUCACUGUUCUGGCCAUUUUGAUGGGGGUGGUAGACAACAGACACAUACAACUGGGGUCACUGUUCUGAUGAUAUUGCUACAGUAGUAAACAACAGACAGCUGGACUCAAUGUUCUGACAAUAUUGAUGGAGUGAUAGACAACAGACACAUACCACUGGGGUCACUGUUCUGGCCAUUUUGAUGGGGGUGGUAGACAACAGACACAUACAACUGGGGUCACUGUUCUGAUGAUAUUGCUACGGUAGUAAACAACAGACAGCUGGACUCAAUGUUCUGACAAUAUUGAUGGAGUGAUAGACAACAGACACAUACCACUGGGGUCACUGUUCUGGCCAUUUUGAUGGGGGUGGUAGACAACAGACACAUACAACUGGGAUCACUGUUCUGAUGAUAUUGAUGGAGUGAUAGACAACAGACACAUACCACUGGAUUCACUGCUCUGACAAUAUUGAUGGAGUGAUAGACAACAGACACAUACCACUGGGGCUACUGUUCUGGCAAUAUUUCUAUGGUGGUAGACAACAGUCAAAGGCAGGUGGAGUCACUGUUUUCACAAUAUUAAUUGAGCGAUAGACAACAUAUACAGGCAGCUGGAGUCACUGUUCUAACAAUAUUGCUAUGGUAGUAAACAAAAGACACAGGUAGCUGGAUUAGCUGGUUCUGACAAUAUUACUAUCGAGGUAGACAGACAUUACAAGCACCAUGCGUCUAUUUUCCUGUGUUACCACGCUUUGCCGUACCCGUGACCUGCAUAUUUUUCAACGAUUAAUCCUGACUGAAACAGGAUUUGAAAAUGGCUUGGUUUUUCUAGUCAAUAGACCCCAUGCCUCGGGAUCACCAAGAGAUAUUUAGACGUAGGUCUAAAGUUCAGUUAUUAAACUUUGUAUGGUCCUUUCCGUUAUUUUAGCUGGGCAUUGUUUUGGAAUAACUCAUCCAGAAUUUACAUCGUCACACAAUAUUUUGACCUUUGUUACGUAAGAAAUAUAAAUUUUAAAAAAUAAAAAUUUUGAAAUUUUGGCAUAUGUCUAAGAUGGCUUCG